AUGAAACUCGUCCACAAUAAUUUUCUCUUUCUAUUUACUAUCGUUAUCAUCGGUAGUCAACUGUUACUCGUUUGUACGGAAACUUCUGCAGCACAUUUGGAAGCCAAUUCUCAUGAUUUAAGCAAACGUUAUCGACUUGAUAAAAAAGAUACAACAACAUCACUUGAAAGUAAUGAAUCAAAUGAACAUGACAACGACGAUGCUCAUUCAUUAAUAUUUAAUAAACGAUAUCGUUUUGAUAAACGUUAUCGAUUUGACAAACGAUCAGACUACGAUGGUAUUAACAAACGAUAUCGUUUUGACAAACGUUACCGAUUUGAUUGA